AUGUCACCUGGCCGUUGCAAAGCAGCCCCAUCCGAAAAGCUCUUUGAACAACAACCUGAAGGACAAAAGCUUGCUAGCUCCAAAGCAAGGAGAGAAGAGUUUCUAACCAAGGGCGUAGCCAUGGAGCGUCUGCAGCAGUCCCUGGAGGCAUUGCAGCUCCACUCCUUAUCCAACUCAGCUCAAGCUGUAACCGUCUUGACUGGUCUUCUGACCGUUCUCCUCUUCUCGGUGCGCAUCUUCGUCCCAACAAGGGCGGCCCGCUGGCUGCGCAAGGUUCCUGGGCCUCCUUCUUAUCCCGUCGUAGGGAACCUCAUUGAGAUUUUCAGCAAAGGGUAUCAUGAGUGCCAUAAGGAAUGGCUAUCGAUGUAUGGCUCGGUGUAUAAGUAUGUGAUGGGGGACACGUUGCUGGUGGUUUCAGACCCUGAUGUUGUGCAGCAGGUUGGGAUCCGUAUGUUCAAGACUUUUCACGACCGGCAGAUGCCAGGCUUUCUGGAUGAGAAUCAAGCGGGCAAGGCGCUUGUCUUCAGCAAGGGCCCAUACUGGUCUGGCGUGCGUAACGCAGUGCUCCCCCUUUUUCACACCGCAAAGCUUCAGCACUUUGGGCGUACCAUGCAUGAGUGUGCAGAGCUCUUGGUAACGCGCCUUGAGAAAGCCGCUGCGAACAAGGAGCAACUCAACCUGCUGGAAUGGGCGGGGGAAAUGACCAUGGACGUGUUAGGGUCUUCAGCCUUUGGGGUUACUUUCAACAGUCAGGUCGGCGAAAAGACCGAGGGCCUCAAUUUGACAAAGGCCGUGAGCGGGAAUCUCGCCAGCAUGGCGGAACUGCGCUUCAGCACUCUCCUGGCGAUCCUGUGCCCUCCUCUACGGAAGCCCGCGCAAUGGCUGAUGUCACUCAUUCCCGGGACGGGUGACAACGUGGGUAAAAAGCGGAACGUCUACAUGAUGCGGGAGAGCAAGAAGAUCAUCCAGGCUCGACGGAAAGAGGCUGACGUGGCAGAGACCCGUCACGAUUUUCUGAGCAUGCUGACGCAAGCCCGGGACAAGACCACGGGAGAGCCUCUCUCGGACGCGUCGAUCCAGGCGAUCGUGUACGAGUUCCUUGGCGCGGGCACGGACACGACAGCCAACACGUUGAGCUUCGCCGUGUACUCGUUGACCAACAACCCGGCGGCCGAGGAAAAGAUGCGCCGCGAGAUCCGCGCCUUUUACGAGAAGCUCGAGAAAGAAGGAGUGAAGGACACGGCAUUCCGCCCGACGUACGACGAGCUGGCCCAGUUUCCGUACGUCGAGCAGGUGGUCCAAGAGACUCUGCGGCUCUACCCGACGGGAGCCGUUCUUUCGCGCCAGGCGUCCGAGGACUGCCAGGUGGCGGGCAUCCACCUGCCCAAGGGCGUCAAUGUAUUGAUUCCGGUCUACGCCAUGCACCACAACCCGGAAGUCUUUCCCGACCCAGAAGAGUUCCGCCCGGAACGGUUCGAUCCGGCGGAAGUUGCUGGAAGGCAUCCGUACGCUUACAUCCCGUUCGGGCUUGGCCCACGGAUGUGUCUGGGACACCGCUUUGCGAUGGAAGAAGCAAAGCUCGCGCUCAUUCGGCUUUACAAGACACUCACCUUUUCGGUGGUCAACGAGAAGAUUCUGCGGCCUGACGGAAAGCUAGAUCUUCAAGUGGGAAUUGUGCUGAAGCCAAGGAACGGCAUGUGGGUCGUGCCGCAAGUACAGCGUUAGUGAAGUUGUCAACCCUGAGUUCGCGCCGUGAUGAUCUUAGUAAUCUAGUAGCGUGUAAAGUUGCAUGCGAUUCGUACCGGAAGCCGGUUCUGGUGCCGUUGCAUGUUUUCUACAAAGAUAGACGUUCGAGUGGCUCGCAAUUUGUACCAUCCAAAUAAGGUCAUUGAAGUAGUAGACAAAUCGGACGUAUCACUGUAUAUCUUGAGACCGGAAGAGAGUGUGACAGGGGGGCCGGAUCAGUCGGAUGAUGUGUUUGAAUUUUUUUGCUGCAGUGGUAGCUUGGUCUCGCCGGCGGCACCAUCCCACGAUCAGGGACUUUAGCAGAUCAAGUCUGCUGAAAGCCUCAAUGUUUGCAAGAGUUGCCUUGUGAAAGGCACCGGUGAGGCACCGGCCGUACGUACCCAGUUAACAAACAUAUGGUUGAUAUAUUGGAAUGUUUGGAGCUAUACCAUCACAAUAUCGUCGCGCCGAGUGCAGAAAACCCAAGUCAUUGACGAAGUUGAACGCGAUGUAUUUGUGCAACAAUAUUCGAUGUUCUCUGAUCA